UCCUGGCCUCAGCUCCUGGGUCCCUGGGGGACUCUGCAGGCUGAAACAUGAAGGGACUGUGAUCAGAUAAGGAACCAGAGCCUGCUUUGUCUCUGCAGCCAGAAAGAAACCUGGAGAGUACAAGUUCUCUCUCAUUUUCCCCUGGAGCCCCAUUCACAUCCUCUUCCUUUUGUUGUUAUUUUUAGGAGCUCCACUGCCCCUUUGGGAGAAUCCGCAGGCCUUUCUCUGCCUGCCUGCAGUGUGUGUGUGUGUGUGUGUGUGUGUGUGUGUGUGUGUGUGUGUGUGUGUGUGUGUGUGUGUGUGUGUGUAGGGAGAUUGCCUAUAACUGCCUGUCCUUUUGAAACUGACCAGAGGUGCUUCCGAUUCUCCAGGACCAGCUUCUCUCCUGCAAACUCCAGAAGAUGUGUCUUCACUUCAAAAGACCCCAAAAUGUGGCUUCUCAUAAAGUGUCCCCUCCAAUCUGGGUGAGGUGUCAGGGUGAGAAGGAAGUGGGAGACAGAGGGGCUGGGGAAGAGACACAGAGAUGACGUGAGACAGAGAGAGAGAGACCAAUAGUGAAAGGAAGAGGGAGAGAAGCAGAGGUAGUGAGGACAUGAGUGAGAGGAGACAGAGGUAGAAAGAUCUGGAAACAAGCUCAGGGAGAGACAGAGAGACUGUAAGAAGGGAGAAGCAAACAGCUCAGUGCAUAGAGAGAAGGGAGGAGACCAAGAGUGAGAUGCAGAGAGGAUGGGAGGAGAGAGAAGGAGAGUGAGAGGGUAGAAAACUCAGAAGGAGAGAAAGGGGAAAGGCAAGCUGAGACAGAAUGAAGGAGGAACCGGGGAACGUGCUGAGGAGAAAGAGGGGAGACAGUGAGGAGGGAGGAAAGGCAAAGCAGAGGAGGAGAAGACAGGCGCCCUUGUCCUUGUUAAUAUCCGCGAGGAAGCUGGCCGAGCGUGUCCUUAUGGGCCCUGCCGUGGCCAUGGCCAGCAGGGAAGUGCCCCUCUGGUGACAUGGGUGGCAGUCGAAGGAGGGAGGGGCAGGUCUGCAGCAGGUGGCCGCCCCUGGGUGGGGCCGCCAGCGGAGCCCUGGGGUAUAAGUGGGAGGCCCAGCCGGCUGAGCACCUGUCAGGGCCAGCUCCCCUGCGCAGGUGCCAGGCAGGUGGCUCCGGCCGAGCCCAGCCCCAGCAUGAGCUCCUUCGACCUCCCAGCGCCCUCCCCGCCCCGCUGCAGCCCCCAGUUCCCCAGCAUCGGCCAGGAGCCCCCCGAGAUGAACCUCUACUACGAGAACUUCUUCCACCCCCAGGGCGUGUCCAGCCCUCAGCGGCCCCCCUCCUUCGAGGGCGGCGGCGAGUACGGGGCCACCCCCAACCCCUACCUCUGGCUCAACGGGCCGGCCAUGACCCCGCCGCCUUACCUGCCGGGCGCCAGCGCCAGCCCCUUCCUGCCCCAGACCUACGGGGUGCAGAGGCAGCUGCUGCCCGGCGUGUCCGGGCUGGGGGGCGGCGACCUGGGCUGGCUGCCUAUCCCCUCGCAGGAGGAGCUGAUGAAGCUGGUGCGGCCCCCCUACUCCUACUCGGCGCUCAUCGCCAUGGCCAUCCACGGGGCACCCGACAGGCGCCUCACCCUCAGCCAGAUCUACCAGUAUGUGGCCGACAACUUCCCCUUCUACAACAAGAGCAAGGCUGGCUGGCAGAACUCCAUCCGCCACAACCUGUCUCUCAACGACUGCUUCAAGAAGGUGCCCCGUGACGAGGACGACCCAGGCAAAGGGAAUUACUGGACCCUGGACCCCAACUGUGAGAAGAUGUUCGACAAUGGAAAUUUCCGCAGGAAGAGGAAGAGAAAAUCGGACGUUUCCUCCAGCACGGGCUCCUUGGCCUCGGAGAAAACGGAGCCCAGUCUCCUGGCAGGCAGCCCCAAGACCACGGAGGCCCAGGACAUCUUGGAUGGUGCUUCGCCGGGUACCACCAGCUCCCCAGAGAAGCAGCCCUCGCCGCCCCCGCCGGGAACCCCCUGCCUCAACAGCUUCCUCACCACCAUGUCAGCCUACGUGAGUGGGUCAAGCCCCAUGGGCCGCCCUGUGGCCACGCCGGGACUGAGCCUGGAGCCCGCUGACAAGGUGGGGCAGAACUUGCUGAACUUCAACUCCUACACCCCACUCACCAACUUCAGUGGCCACGCGGGCGGGGGGGAGUGGGCCAGCCCCACACCCAGCAAUGCUCUGGGCUACGGAGGCUCCGUCCUCAACCAGUUCAGCCCUCACUUCUACAACAGCGUCAACACAAACAGCAUCCUCUACCCCAGGGAGGGCACCGAGGUCUAGAAACACAACAGCUCCUGAACCAGAUGGACAUGCUCGGGGUCCUCCAUUUCAGCAUCCAAGUGGUCCAAGACCUCCAAACUGCCCAGACAUACACAGGAGGCUCAGAGGAAUUCAUCGUUUUUCUAGAACACUGUGUAAACCUUGUGUUUAUCACAUAUCCAUCCACAGACCUACAACCAGCUUUGCAGUAGAAAUACUGGUGCCUGCAUGACAGUAAUCAACUCGGCCAUUUAUUGAGCACUUACUAUGUGCUGGGUGCUGUACUAAGCUCUUUGAAGGCGUGAUCGUACUUUCUAUUUACAGCCACCUUGUGAGGGUCAUAUAAACCUCCCCAUUUUACAGAUGAGAAAACUGAGGCUUGAGGAAGUUAAGUAACUUUCCCAGGGUCAUACAAACUAGGAAGCGGCAGAGCCAGGAGUCAAGUCCAGGUCUCUAUGACUCCCAAAGUUUGGGCCAAUGAAGGCUGGGACGGAGGAAUUGGUUGAGCAGCCAGGGAAGGUCAGUGUGGAGAGCUGAUGAGGGCAAGCAUAUGCAAAUCUCCCCACUGCCUUCUGGCCGUCCUUCAAAUUUAGCACCAGCCCUAGGCACAUCUCAUCUUGGUCCAAGUCCUCAUUCUAUGGCCCCCAACUUACCUGCCGACACUCCUUUUGCUACUACUCAAGGGAGAAGCCCAGAUCUGUGCCCCUGCAGGAUGAUGCGUCCAGCCUCUCCCCACAGAGGGAUGUUGCUUCCCCAGCCCCGCAGACCAUGAGCAGAGCAGGGAGAGGAGCAGUG